UUUAGUUUUAAGAAGCCUAUUGGGAGCGUUAGUGUCUCGGCACACAAACUAUUGGGCUCCUCAAUGCCAUGUGGCAUUCUCAUUUCAAGGAAAAUGCACAUGACCGAUUUCUCGACAAACAUCGAAUACAUUGCCACUCUAGACACUACAAUAUCCGGAAGUCGAAAUGGUCACACGCCAAUCUUUAUAUGGUACGGUUUAAACUUGAAAGGUCGCAUUGGACUUCAAAAAGAAGUCAACAAUUGUUUGACCAACGCUAAGUACUUAAGAGACGGGCUUAAUAAAGCGGGAAUUAGCGCGAUGCUUAAUGAGUCGAGCAUUGUGGUGGUUUUCGAGCGUCCGUUAGAUCGUGAGUUUAUUGAUUAUUGGCAACUUUCGUUUCUAGGAAAAAUGGCGCAUGUUGUCUUAAUGCCUCAUGUGACAAUGAAAAUGUUGGAUGAUUUUCUAAGUGAUCUUGUUCGGAAAAGAGAGAUUUGGUAUGGAUCAGGAGAAGUUCGACCGGUUUGUUUGGCCGAGGAAAUUGGGGCUUCUAAUUGUGCUUGCUCGAUUCAUAGAAAUCAUUAAAUUAAUGGGAUCUAUCUACAAAUGGAAAUUAAAAUAAAACUUUGCCAAUUUGGUGUAUAAGUUUGAUAUAUGGAUUAAGAGUGAAUAAAUGGGUUUGAUUGGUGUGUAUAUUUUUCACUGGCACACACCGAAGCUCACUAUAAUUUUGACGUAAUUGUAAUUUGUAAAAUAAGAUGUUGUGGGAAAUAAAAGACCACCUUUCACUAUUUAUUUUUUAAAAGUCAAUAUAACCCUUAAAUAUUUUCUAUAUUUUAACCUAUUUCGACAAAUGAUCAAGUUUCAUUGCUCAUAAGCACAAUCAUUUUCGAUCAAUACACACACAAACAUCGAUCUUGGAGAGGUGGGGAAAAACAGAAGAAAAAAAGAUUAAUUAAUCGCUAUUAUAAAUCGAUCAACAAGAAGAUGCUCUUUUUUUUGUCUCUCUACUUGCCCAUUCUUCAUUUUUAGAAUAUUUGGCACGGGCAUAUAAUUUCUCUAUUGAGAGAUACAUUAGCAAAAGCCAUGUCUAGAAAUUGGUUUAACCCAAUUUAAUAUUUUUUUUGUUCACCAUGGUUUAUGCAUCCAACUCUUAUCCAUUACGACCAAACUUAAAAUAUUCGCACUUUUACAACAAUUAUACAUGUGAACUGAUACUCAUAUGAACUUAAAUAUGCGCUUGAAUUAAUAUAAUUUCCAUGACAUAAUAAUAUAUAAAAAUAAGGG